UGUUGCAACACCUGUCUAAAAUCACCCCAUUCGCAGGAUCCACUGACAGUAUUAACCGUCACUGUUGCAACACCUGUAUAAAUAGGAGGAGGCUGGUGCUGCUCUCUGCAGACUGAGGAAGGGAAUCCCACAGAACAGCAUUAACAUGGCCUGUAUUUAUGGAGAUGUUACGAAGAUCGACACCACUGGUGCAUCAGAGAAAACAGCAAACCAGGACAAACUGACAGUGAAAGGAGUGGCUGCUUCUCAUAAGUUGGCAGAGCAUGACCUCGCCAACAUGAACAAGUACAAACCGCUGAUCAUCAAGGUGGGCCGAGCUCAGCAAAUGGACCCGUGCGUCAUCGCUGGCAUUAUCUCCCGAGAGUCGCGGGCCGGGACUCAGCUCAAGGAUGGCUGGUCAACCGACAAGAAGGGCUUCGGGCUCAUGCAGGUUGACAUAGGAACCAUUCACAACCCUGCAAAGCCAUGGGACGGUGAGCAGCACCUUACUGAGGCAACCCAUAUUCUGAUUGACAAAAUCAAUCAGAUCAAGAAGAAAUUCCCAGGCUGGCCUAAGGAGCACCAGUUCAAAGGAGGAAUAUCAGCCUACAAUGGUGGAGCAGGAAACGUCCGCAGCUAUGAUAAGAUGGACAUCGGCACCACUGGGGACGACUAUGCCAAUGACGUUGUUGCCAGAGCCCAAUGGUUUAAAACACAUGGAUACUAAAAUAAAUAGAAAAGGAGCUCUGUGUAGCAGACACCCCUCUUCUGAGUGCGUCUCCUCAAACCUAUUCAUUUAGCCUUGCCAUUGAACUGUUAUAUUCAAUGAUUGUAGUGGAUCUUCUGUUUUCUAAGUAAGAAAGGUUACAAUAUUCAUUUAUUUAGCCUUGCCAUUGAAGGGGUGUUUACUUUCACACUAUUAUAUUCAAUGAUUGUAGUGCUUCUCCUCUUUUCUAAGUAAAAAAGACAACAAAUACA